CCAAUUUAAAAUCAUCAAUUACAUUUCCAAUUUCACAAUUUCCUGUGAAGACGAAAAGCAAAUCGGAGCGAGAAAGAAUGGCGGAGGAGAAGAAUACGAUAGUCUGGAAUGAAGCACAGAGGAAAUUCGAGACCGUAGAUAAAAAAGCAUACAUCGAAUACGAGGUGAGGGGCAGCAAAGUAAUUGACAUAACUCAUACGUAUGUGCCGCCGAGCAAGAGGGGGCUAGGCCUCGCCGCCGAUCUCUGCGCCGCCGCCUUCACUCACGCCCAAAAUCACUCCCUCUCCGUCAUUCCAACCUGCUCUUAUGUCUCUGUAAGCUCCUCAUCUUCAAACAUUCAUCAACUUCGCGCGAAUUUGAAUUUGAGAAAUCGAAAUUGAGUUUUAAACUCUUUCUUCAUCCCCAAAUUCUAGGUUUUGUUGAAAUUGAGUGGAGAGGUCAAAAUUGAGGGCAAAUUUUGUAGUACUACAAUGAUUUAGUCAUUAAGAAAUUUAAAGUGCCGAAAUUCCAAGUUUUUAUCAAAUUAGGAGCUUUUU